UCUGGUAUGGUGGUGGCUGGGGUCGUAGGUCACAAGAUGCCUCGCUACGGUCUUCACGGUGAUACAGUCCACACUGCGUCUGCCAUGGAGAGCAAUGGGAAGGAAAUGCACAUCCAGCUGAGCAGCGCUACUAAUGAGCACCUGAAGGGAAGUCACUUUAUCUUCGAGAGACGCGGUACCAUCACCAUCAAGAUUGAGACGUACUGGCUGAAAGGAAAGAGAGAUAAAGAUGGAAACGCUCGGGCCGCAUGCCCACAGUUAGAAGCCCAGACCAUCAGUAAAGCCGCCAUCUCUGCCCCUGAAGCGCCCAUCGAUGAGGACCUGCAGGUGUUCCCCUCGGUGGCAGGUGAGGAUGAGGACGAUGUGAAAUCUAUCCGCUCUCACCGCAUGAAGAUGGAAACCUCUGGAAACUCUCUGGAGGAGUGUCGGGUCGAAGGAGCGUCCGUCAGUAAGUCUCAUUAUAAGGACGCUCUUCAGGACAGCAGUCUGCAGGACCCACACACUGAGCUGGACUCGGCUGAGUUUGACGUUGGAGAUUCAAUACUGGAGUCUCCUGCUGGCUCGUGGGAUUCCCACGGCUCGGAGAAGAGCACCAUGUGCUCUGUGUGCUAAACAUAGUGAUCAUGGCAUGGCUUGAAAUUGAUUUCCGAGUGUCUUUUCUAAAGCAUUCAGCUGUUUCAGCCUUUUUAGUUUCCAUAGUCCAUCCUCAGAAUCAUAUGGCUAUUGAUCUGCAUGUGUUUCCCAAAGAAUUCGCUGGAUUGUCUUUUAAAUAGAUCAGAGGCAUUAUUGAACUGAAAUGUGCUUUUUGUGUUGGCUUCUCAUCUGUAUUCAAUCUCAUUCAGGUUAAAGCUUUAUAAAUCUUUGUUCCCUUUUGCUGGUUUUAUGCUUUAUAUU